GGAAUGUACAGAGUCAGUAUGCUUGAGUUGGGAGUUUUUACUUUCAUUCACGGAUGAACGCUUCUUUGUUUUUUCUUUUUGACCUCCAAAAAAAGAACAAAAAAUAUAAUUCUUAAUUUCUCAAGCUCAUAUGCUGUAGCCCAGUGUCAUGAUGUCCUAGGCUGAUUUUACAACCAUGGACAGGUGGAUCCAGAUUGUUUUGAUAAUCACACCAGGUGUCUGGAGUGGGAACUGGGGGGUGAAGUUUGAAAGCCAGUGUGCUUUAAGAGGGACAUCAGUUAUUUUAAAGUGCCAGUACGACUAUCCCUAUUUUCAAUGGGUCACUUCAGUUAGUUGGUCUAAAGGCGUAUACACAUCUGGAAGUUGGAGACGGAUUUCCCUAAACGAACUUCCUUCACCCCCACACUAUAAAUACAUUGGCAACAAAUGGCAUGACUGCAGUCUUCAGGUCAACAAUGUACAAUCUGCUGAUGAAGGAAGGUAUUAUUUCAGUUUCGUAACAUCACUCAACAGAUGGAAAAGUAAAGGAUAUGCUCAUUUGUCUGUGAAAGAGCUAACAGCUGUUGUGGAGCCAAACGCUGUGACAGAGGGAGACACCGUCCGCCUGAACUGUGAGUCAGGUUGUCCUGAACCAGCACAGAUUGUGUGGAGGAGAGAUGGACAACGCGUUUCAAAUUCAGUCUUCAAGGCCAGGAGAGAGGAUGCUGGGAGGUACUACUGUGCCGUGUUUGGUCAAGAGACGAGCAGAUCUGCCAUUGUGACCCUAAAUGUUUACUAUGCUCCCAAGCAAGUAACAUUGUCAGUGAGUCCAUCAUCAAACAUCAUCAAAGGAGGAUCAGUGACUGUCUCCUGCAGCAGUGAGGCAAACCCUCCUGUGAAACCGAAUGGAUACAGUCUAUACAAAGAUGGCCAGUUGAUGGGUUUUGGGCAGAGUCGUGUCAUCUCUGAUGUGGAGCCCAGCAACAGCGGCUGGUACCAGUGCCAGGCCUGGAACAACAUCACCUGGAGAGGCAACGACCACAUUGACUCGCCAGGUGUUCAUCUUGAUGUCCAGUACCCUCCAUUGAACAUUUCAGUUUCAGUGGAGCCAGACUACAUUACUAAGGGCAGUAGUGUUAAUCUGACCUGCAGCGGUGCAGCAAACCCUGCAGCAGACAACCACACCUGGUUCAAGUGGACAGAGUCCCUGGGCUCCAGCUCGCUGGUCCAGGUGGGCUCAGGACCGGUGCUGACUCUCCCUUCUGUAGAGGAAACUCACACCGGUCUGUACCUUUGCUAUGUGAGGAACCGUCUGGGAGAAAACAACUCAACGGUGAUGAUGCUGGUCCAGGAUAACCAGCAAGGUUUGUGGCGCCUAUUUUAG